ACGGAACUUCUUGUCGUCCAGAGCAGACUCGCUCGAGUCGCUCUUCACUCGCGUGUUCGUCCCCUCCCGUAGACUGCUCUACUCCCGGAGUGCGGCGUUUCACGGCUUGAUGGGGGGUUGAGAACAGAGCGUCGAUCUUGCAGCCAAAAAAAGUGAGGACUGUGUUGGCACUACGACGAGACACGCAGGGUCUUCUUCCUCUCCCAGUCAAGCCUUGGCCAGAUGAAGCGGCGUGUGGCGGUGAUCGGGGCAGGGGCCUCAGGCCUGGUCGCCAUAAAGUGCUGUUUGGACGAGGGUCUGGAGCCAGUGUGCUUUGAGUACAGCGAUGGCAUCGGGGGUCUCUGGAGGUUCAAGGAAGAUCCGGAGGAUGACCGGGCCAGCAUCUACAGCUCAGUGGUCAUCAACACCUCCAAGGAGAUGAUGUGCUACAGCGACUAUCCCAUCCCUGCCAGCUUCGCCAACUACAUGCACCACUCCAAGAUUCUUGAGUAUUUCCACAUGUACACCCGUCAUUUUGAUCUGCUGCAGUACAUUCACUUCAAGACUUCGGUGCACAGCGUGAAGAAGCGCCCUGACUUUACCCACUCCGGCCAGUGGGAGGUGGUGACGGUCAACACGGAGGGACUGGAGGAGUCUGCCAUUUUUGAUGGGCUGCUGGUUUGCACUGGGCAUCACACGUACCCUCACCUGCCCCUGCAGGACUUCCCAGGAAUUGAGACCUUUGAGGGGCAGUACUUUCACAGCCGUGACUACAAAAGUCCAGAGAAUUUUCGGGGGAAGAGGGUCGUCAUCAUUGGCAUAGGAAAUUCUGGUGGGGACCUCGCAGUGGAGCUGAGCCGAGUCACAGAGCAGGUGUUUCUCAGCACAAGGCGAGGUGCUUGGAUUCUCAGCCGCAUUGGUAAACAUGGAAUUCCCGCGGACCUGCAGUUCAACACGCGUCUGAACAGUCUGCUCCUGUCCAUCCUGCCUCGAGGCCUCGUCAGCGCUCUGGGAGAGAAGUACGGCAACAGCUGGUUUGACCACAAGCUGUACGGACUGCAGCCUCGGCACCGGUUGAUGUCCCAGCAUCCGACUGUAAACACUGACCUGCCAAGCUGCAUCAUUACCGGGGCAGUCGUGGUCAAGCCAAACGUACGCUGCCUCACGGGAUCAGCUGUGGUGUUUGACGACGACACCGUGGAGGAGAACAUUGACUUUGUGAUUUUUGCCACCGGCUACAACAUCUCCUUCCCCUUCCUGCCCCCCUCUGUGGUGCCGGUGGCCCAGAACCAGGUGUCCCUCUACAAGUAUGUCUUUCCACCAGAGCUGGAGCACCCCACGCUGGCCAUCAUCGGCCUUGUGCAGCCACUUGGUGCCAUAAUGCCCAUCUCGGAGUUGCAGGCCCGCUGGGCCACACGGGUUAUUGCAGGGCGGUCCAAGCUUCCUUCACGCCAGCACAUGCUGCAGGACAUCAAGGCAGCCCGAGAGAGGAUGGCACACAGGUACGUGGCCUCCCAGCGUCACACAGUCCAGGUCGACUAUGUCACCUACAUGGAUGAAGUGGCUGUGCAGAUCGGGGUGCGUCCCAGCAUUGGUGGGCUACUGUUCCGGGACCCAAAGCUGGCGAUGGCUGUGUUUCUGGGUCCCUGCACACCAUACCAGUACCGGCUGAGUGGGCCGGGGAAGUGGGCAGGGGCACGCGACACCAUUCUAACCCAGUGGAAGCGGGUCAUCAAACCGCUGAGAAAUCGAGAGCCCCCAAAGGAAGAGCGCCCCUCGGCCUGCUCCCGGCUGCUCAGGCUGUCUGUGGUGGCUGCACUCUGCGCUGUUGUCACCUACUGGGUCCGCCAUGAGCACCCAUCUCCACUGCAGAGGCUCAUGCAGCUACUUUGGGGCUGAGCCAUCGGGCCCGGUGGUGACGUUCUGUUCAGAGUCUCGUGGCGUCUUGUCAUUGGCUGAGGCCUCGGUUAUCAUGCUCUGUAAAGUGAAGGGUUAUAUAAACUAUGGCUCCUCAAUGUC